GCCUAUCUGGGUCGGCUCGUUUUUCCAAAUUGCGAUGUCGGCGUCCGAAUAAAACCGGAAUCGCUUCCUUCCUGUUCGUAGCAAAAAAUACCGAAAGGAUUCCAAGGGCUCGAUCUCAUCGACCUCCGAUUCUCGCCGGCGGAAGAAGCCCUAGAAGAAGCCUUCUCGCCUCAGGCGCGCCUAUCUUCGCUUCUCAGCUUGCCCAAGGUAGCACGACGACAUGGGCGGUCAUGGCGGUUUGAACAUCCUUCCCCAGAAACGUUGGAAUGUGUACAAUUUUGAGAACAGAGAGAAGGUCCGGAAAGAUGAAGAGGCUGCCGCGAAAGAGGAGCAGCUGAAGCGAGAGCAAGUGAGGAAGCGUGAUGCUGAGUUUCGUCUCGAGAAGCUUCGUGCUGCCCGUGGCUUUGCUCCUGCCAGUCAACCUGCGGAGGCCCCUGCUAGUCAGCCUGUGGAGCCAGCUGAGACGGAGAAGGAGUCUGGCCAUAUCAAUCUCUUUGAGGGAAUUAAGAUUUUCGACCCAGUUGAACUACCAAAAAAUGGGGCAGGAGAUGAAAGGGAUGGAUUCAAGAGGAAGAAGAUGAAGAAAGAGGAGGCACCGAAGGUGGUAACUGCAGAGGAUGAGAAAUAUAGAUUGGGAUAUGGGAUUGCUGGAAAAGGAGUUAAAUUGCCAUGGUAUCUUGAGAAGCGGGGUGAUCACGUUGAUGGGGAGAAAUUUGGGGAUGAAGGGCCGUCGAGGGAUGUGAAGGAGCAGGGAAAGAAAAGUGGGAAGAAGACAUUGGAGGAGCUGAGGGAGGAACGGAUGAAGAGAGAAAAGCAGGAGAAAGAAAGGGCAAGGUCAUUGAUGCUAGAGAAGAGCCGGAGGGAUGGAGUUCUACUGAAGGACAAGGGUUUCCAGAGGAGGUGACGCUGCAAAUUUUUUCUCAGUUUAGACUUUUGAUCGUACUUAUAUGUAGAGCUUGCCUUAUGGCUGAUUGGGAGAGUUGGUUUGGCAAGAUUUGGAUUCUAAGGCCCUGUUUUCAGAGGUUUCUGCGCCCCUUGUGCAGUUCUCCAAUCUACAGUUGCCUUGCGAAAUAGGCUCCUGUCGAGAUGCGAACACUUCACUUCAGAUUCUGUUAGAGAAAGAAUGGACUGUUUCGCCUGUCCUUUUCAAAUCCUGGAGACGAUCAAUGGAUAAUCACAGCUUGUAAAUGUCUAUUCCUUUUUAGUUUGGCUUUCUUGGUCAUUAUUGCAUUAUAUUGGAAUGAUAUCACUUCGAUCCUUCUGCAAGUUACUCCAGUUCAUGUCAUUGUCCAUGACUUCAUCAUAUUGACCCGUGAAUUCCUGGGUCAAAGUAAUGAAAAGAGUUGUUGAGCCA